AGAACAGUCGCUUACAAUAUAGUUUCAUGUCACAAUAAAUCGAAUAAAUCGAAGGACAUAUAAAAAGCUCAAAAUAACACCCACAAGAACCCGUAACCGUUUCCCACCUAAGAGUCUCCACACAUUAGAAAAUAACCUUUUACCAAAAGUUGGUUUUUACAAAUAAUAACGUACCAAGUGGUCUUGAAAUACUGAGUAUUCCAGAAAUGCUAUAACUAUUUGGAAUAAAAUAAUAACUUGUAUUGAUUUGUUAGAUAGGAUGCAUAAAUUGGUACGAAUCCAAACAGUUGCAUAUUUUCUUUCUCGACUGUAUUUGCAAUUUCUCAGGAAUCGAGCACGAAGUCAAGAGGUGUCAAUCAGCCAAUCAGGCAAACCGCUAUAGCCCGCGAAACCUCGGACUAUGGACCCAUGCCCUAAGACAAUUUGGGGGUGUAAGAAUUUUUGCUAGAUUUUGGGAGAGAAGGAUGAGCAACAGAGGUAAUAGCAGUGGAAGUGGCAGCAACAGCAACAUCAGUUCUUCCAAUCGCCCUGAAUGGUUGCAACAGUACGAUUUGAUCGGUAAAAUUGGUGAGGGAACUUACGGUCUUGUGUUCCUGGCGAAGAUUAAAUCCAAUCGGAGCAAGUCUAUCGCGAUUAAGAAGUUCAAGCAGUCCAAAGACGGCGAUGGUGUUUCCCCUACGGCAAUUCGCGAAAUCAUGUUGCUUAGGGAGAUAACCCAUGAUAAUGUGGUAAAACUGGUGAAUGUGCACAUCAAUCAUAUCGACAUGUCACUCUAUCUGGCUUUUGAUUAUGCAGAGCAUGACCUCUAUGAAAUUAUUAGACAUCACAGAGACAAAGUCAACCAAGCUAUCAACCCAUACACAGUGAAGUCAAUACUCUGGCAAUUGCUUAAUGGGCUAAAUUAUCUUCACAGCAACUGGAUUAUGCAUCGAGAUCUUAAACCCUCCAAUAUUUUGGUAAUGGGUGAUGGAGAAGAACAAGGAGUUGUAAAAAUUGCUGAUUUUGGACUUGCUAGAAUAUAUCAAGCUCCACUGAAGCCAUUGUUUGAUAAUGGGGUUGUUGUAACCAUUUGGUAUCGUUCACCAGAGUUGCUCCUUGGAGGGAAACACUAUACUAGUGCAGUUGAUAUGUGGGCUGUUGGCUGUAUAUUUGCUGAGCUUCUGACAUUGAAGCCAUUGUUUCAAGGACAAGAAGUUAAAGCCACACCAAACCCUUUUCAGCUUGAUCAACUUGACAAAAUUUUCAAGGUUUUAGGUCAUCCAACAGUAGAAAAAUGGCCAACACUUGCCCAUCUUCCACAUUGGCAAACAGAUCAUCAACACAUCCAAGGGCACAAAUAUGAUAGUCCUGGUCUUUACAGUGUUGUUCACCUCUCUCCAAAAAAUCCCGCAUACGAUCUUCUCUCUAAAAUGUUGGAAUAUGAUCCUCGAAAACGUAUAACAGCAGCACAAGCUCUUGAGCAUGAGUAUUUUCGAAUGGAGCCUUUACCUGGACGCAAUGCACUAGUCCCCCCUCAACCCGGGGAGAAAAUAGUAAAUUAUCCAACACGUCCAGUUGACACAAACACAGAUUUUGAAGGCACAACAAGUCUUCAGCCUACUCAACAGGCAUCAGGAAACGUGGUGUCGGGGGGACAACAUGUAAUGCCAACUAGAAAUGUUCCACGCCCUAUGCACAUGGCCGGCAUGCAGAGGAUGCAACAGCAACAGCAGAAUAUGGCGGCGUAUGCGGGGGGUUGCCGCCCAGCCUCAUCAACAACAGCAACAACAACAGCAACAGUUGAGAAGAAAGGAUGCAAUGGGGAUGCCUGGAUACCCUCAACAAAAAUCAAGACGUUUUUGAGUAUGCAGGGAACAGGGAAAGAUCUGAAGUUAUCAAGAGAUUUCACUUUUGAGCACCUCAAAAAUUACCAGUUUUAUAUGAGGCAUUUGCAAUUAUCUUAUAUGGCGUUUGGUUUGCUGGAUUCCAUGGGAUUUGGCCGGAAUUGGAAUUCAAUUCCAGUCAAUUCCUAA